GACAUCCGUACCCGACCCUGGACCAGCACGGAGUGCACUGAUUGGUGGGAGCGGGUAGUGAUGACUGAGUUCCAGCCCUCUGAUUGGCUGGAGAAGUUCCGCAUGAGCCGAGAAACCUUCUUCUUCCUUUGUGGCAAGCUGAAACCCCGCCUGGCUCGCCAGGACACCCACUUCCGCCGGGCGCUUCCGCUGGAGAAGCGUGUGGCGGUUGCCCUGUGGCGGCUGGCGUCCAACAUUGAGUACCGCACCAUCAGUGGGCUGUUUGGCGUGGGCAGCUCCACGGUGUGUAAGUGUGUGAGGGACUUGUGUCACGCCAUCGUCACACUACUCCGGCCCGUCUACCUAUGCUUGCCCAGUGUACAGGAAGUGGAAGACUCUGCACGUCACUUCCUAUCUCGCUGGGGCUUCCCUCACUGUGUGGGCGCCGUGGCAACCCUCCACACUGCCAUCCUCACGCCAUCCGCUAACGUGGCCAACUACGCCAAUCCAGACGGGUGGCUGUCUGUGGUCUCCCAGGUGGCUGUGAAUGGGCUGGGUCAGUUCUGGGACGUCUGUGCUGGUUUCCCUGGCAGCACUGAGCCGACAGCCAUCUUGCAGAACUCAGCACUUUGGGUGUCGGCCUCUGAGGGCGGGCUGUCACCUGACACACCACCGAGCUACUUGGGAAAGCCCCUGAGAUAUGUGUUGUUGGGGGAGCCAGCGUACCCCCUCCAGCCCUGGCUGAUGAAGGCCUAUUCCAAGAAGAAGGAGGAGGAUGAUGAGGAUGAAGAAGGGCUCGCGGAGCCCCGGAGGGCUUUCAACCAGCGAUUUGUGCGGGCGUGGCGUGGGGCGCAGGUGGCGCUUCUUCGCCUGCGGGCGCACUGGCAAUGCCUGAGCAAGAGGAACGACUGCAGCCUGGACGUGGUGCCCACCAUGAUCCUGGCCUGCUGCAUCCUGCAUAACGUGUGUGAGGCCCAUGGAGAUUUGUUCCGGGGGGAAUGGCAUGGCGAGGUGACCAAGGGUGAGAACCCCCAGCCUGGUCACACUGCGGCCCGCGCCCCCUCUCCCCCUGGAACUUCAGACCACCUCCAGGGUGAGGAGGUCAGAAAAUUGUUCUGUGACUACUUCCAACACCCACAACUACAACAACAGGACUAA